AUGUCUCCCACACCAGAUGCUGGGAGCCAUGAGAAGGCCAAAAAAUCUGACAAAACCACAUCAACCAGCAAAUCAGGCUGGUCCUCUCUUUGGAAACGUGCUGAGGUCAACCCCCUGAACGGCAAAAGUUUGACUUUCCCCCUAUUUCGGUUCUGGGACCCAUAUUCCACCGCCUUCUGGCUAGCCACCCUAGGCUUCUUCGUUGCAUUUCUCUCGUGGUUCGCCUUUUCGCCCCUGGUUCCUGAGGCAGUGAAGGAUGAUCUCGGUCUUACACAAGACCAGGUGGUCAACUCUAAUUUGGCAUCUCUUGGCGGCACGGCAAUCGUUCGCCUCAUCGCAGGGCCUUGCUGUGAUAGGUUCGGCCCCAGAAAGGUCCUUGCUACACUACUCAUUCUCGGUGCCAUCCCUUCAGGCUUGGCUGCUCUUGUUGUCAACAUCGAGGGCUUGGAGGCAGUAAGAUUCUUCAUCUCGAUCCUUGGAGGUACUUUCGUACCCACGCAAGCCUAUACAACAACUUUCUUUGACAAGUCCAUCGUCGGUACUGCAAAUGCGUUCUCUGGCGGUUGGGGUAACCUCGGAGGAGGUGUCACUGUUGCCGUCAUGAUCGGACUCUACGAGCGAUACAUCAAGGCCGGGUACAGCGCCCACCUUUCAUGGCGACUCUGCUUCCCUACUCUUCCCGUUCCCUGUCUUAUUCUUGUCGCUGUCAUGAUCCUUGUUCUUGGCAAGGACCAUCCUUGGGGGAAAUGGUCCCAAAGAAACCAAGUUAGUGGUCCGGAACCAAUGUUCAUCGAAGGGGUGCAAGAGGAGUCCAAAGGACAGGUUCUGAGGAAGAAGGAUAUGGAAUCUGGGAUGUCGUCGGAUAGCCCCAACACAGACGAGUCCCAGGCCUCAGCUAGCACUAGUAUCUAUGAGGUCGAUACUGCGCAGCCAGAGCCACUCACUCUUUCUUCUCUGUUCAAAAUCCUCUGCGACUUGCGCGUUUGGAUGUGCUUCAGCUGUUAUCUCCUCACCUUUGGCCUCGAGACGGCCAUGGAUGCUGCCUUGCCGGGCCUCAUGAACCAGUUGUUCAAGAGCGACACAUUCACAAUUGCCGACGCUGCCUACGCAGCAUCCACAUAUGGUCUUCUGAACUUGUUCGCUCGUCCAUUGGGUGGUAUCAUUUCCGACAUGCUCUAUGCUCGCUAUGGCCUUAGGUCCAAGGUGCUCUGGCUUCUCGGAACUUCAUUGUCCCAGGGCGUUGCGAUGGUCGGGCUCGGUGUAUAUAUCAACAACAACCACGCCACCUUGGGUGGGGUGAUGGGUUUUAUCGUCCUCAUUGCCGUCACCGGAUUUGCCGCCAAUGGCGCUUGCUAUUCCGUCUAUGGCCAUCUACGACCAAAGAACGUCGGAGCUGUGGCAGGCAUUGUAGGCGCAGGAGGUAACGUAGGCGGUCUAUUCUACACUCUGAUUUUCAAAUACCAGGCAGGAACUCGCGUUGCUGCCACAAUCGCAAAUCCCGUGGGCCAAAACUCAUUGGGAAACAAGUUCUGGAUUGCCGGAGUUGUCAACUUGGUUGGUGUAUUACCAUUCUUUUUUGUGCCUCUCGGGGAUGCAGUUUAG